AUAUGUAAAUUUAGUUCAUUAUCAUUACUCAUUAUCAGUGUAGUUCACAUUCAAGUUGUAUCUUUCAGAUACAUUGUAUUUGAUGGCAAACUAUAAAUAAAAAAUUAGUUUUAUUGUGUACAUCUUGUAAUGGAAUUCACUAAAAAAUGAACUGUUAUCGCAUAUUCAUUGUGUAAUCUCGGCCAGUGAACCGAUAUGCUCUGCAAGUUUUCAAUUUGAUUAGAUCCCAAUAAAAUUUAGCGACUGAAUUUAGUUUACUUUAGAAGCUUGUACCAUGUCGAACAUUACUAUACGCGAAUUGAAGCCAGAAGACCUCGAUGAGUACUUUCGAUACCUCAUUGAGAACUUUCACGGUCAUGAACCACUUCUGCUGACACCCGGAGAUCACAACUUCGAACCGGAUACGCCGGAGAGACGUGCAUCUCGUUUAGCGGUAAUAAAACAAGGUCUCUCGUUAGUUGCUGUAGACGAUGGAGGUCGCAUUGUAGCCUCAGCUUACUCUGAAGCCAAGGUUCCAAAUGACUUGGACAAAACUUGGAGAGAAGUCAAUGAGAAAAAACCUACGGCGUUCAUUGAUCACGUGUACUUCUUUCUUGCCGGCAUUGAGAAACGUUCGAAAUUAUUUGAACGUUUCGAAGUAUCGAAGGUUCUCUACCUCAACAUUCUUAGUGUGGGAAAAACUGUACGCCAACAAGGAUUGGGACGUCGUCUUGUGUCUGCUGUAAUCGAACUGGCUCGCUCCAAAGGAUUUCCCCUGAUUGCAGUCUCCUGCACUAGUUUGCAUUCGACUCGCAUCAUGUCAGCUCUGGGCAUGAGCUGUAUUCAUUCUGAGAACUAUUCGGAGUACAAGGACGAGGAUGGCAACGUGGUGAUAAAGCCACCAGAACCACACACAUCCGUCAAUAUCAUGGCAAUGAAAUUGUAGGGUAUUCUUAAGCUGCUGUAUUCAGUAAACUUGUGAAAUAAAUACGAGAUAAUUUCC